CAGUAGUAGCUGUGUAAAUAUUAAAACGUGCGCAAUGCUCUCCGAACGCAAAUACUGCUACUGCCAUCCGUCGUCUGAGGAUAAGCACAGCCCAGUGUCGACCAUGGCGAGCGAGGUAUUGGGUGAAUGGCCCAAACAACCACCACCGCAGCACAAUUGUCCCGUACCAGAUGUUAGCGAAAAGCUGGCCAACCUUAGCCUGGUUGACCCCGAACUUCCCGAAGGGGCUGCUUCAUACACUGCACACAAGCGACCAAGUAUAAUCGAAAACGCAAUCAGCAUGUUAAGCAACCUUUUCGGCAUACCGCCCCGUAACGGAACAAAGCUAGACAUGGAACCCUCGUCACAUUGCUUGGCCGAAAAGGAGCAAUAUUUAAAGCAAGCGUUCAUCCCCUCUACACCCUGCAUACCAAUAUUUGAGACGAACAGAAACGGCAAGGGUCAGCUGACAGUGCCGCUGGAUUACGGUAGCACUGUGGAGGAUAUUUCCAUGACCCCGGCAGGCGUUUACGUUGAGGAAAUGGCAAGCAGCGAGUGUAGCACUAUGCGACAGGGUCGUGUUCGCAAGCGGCGAAAGGAACUGUCCAAAGCUAAGCAACACGCACACAUGGGCAGAGAGGCUAGUGGGAAAGGCUGUGAUAAAAACCGAAAGGAGAAGCAACGGCACGCUCUGCGAAGGGACAUCUUGAGCGAUAAUCGAGCCUUAUCGUUCGACGAUUGUUACGGUUACGAUUACCGGGAGGCAGUGCCCAGCAAGCCGGUGGACAUACACCCGCUACCACAACGUUGUCUUGCGGCAGGUUUCAGUCCUGCGUCGACUGGCAGUGUUGGAAGCUUUCAAGACGCAUUGCAAGAUCUUGCUGCAGUGGACAAUGAACAGCUGGUCACGGCCUCCGCCAGUGCGACAGUUUGCCCUGUGUCACCUCGCUGCAAACCGUCACAAAGCGUCCCUGAUUGCCAGGAAAACCAACAGAAAUGUGAUAUGGAACCUAAGCCAGCUGGAUAUGUGGUGUUCACGGAGUACGAUGUGUUUACGACCCCGUCGGCCAGUCCUGCUCGACGGCGUCCUCGUAACCUGUGUGAGGUUUUUAGCUACGCUUUGAACAACCUUCAGCCAUCAGCAGAUGACAGCCAGCCGGAGGAUGAUGAGGAUGAGGAGGAGCUUGAUCAUAGUGAUUACACCAGCGAUGACUUUACGGAGGACGAGGACGGAGAAGCGCCCAUCUUGGGGGGUGUCGAUGAGCUUGAAUAUGAUGACGAUGAUGACGACGACGACGACAGUGUCGUUUUCUGCGAAGAUUACGACGACCUGAACAAUGAUUCUAACUCUUCAUCUGGAUUCGAUGAAAGGAAGGUGCGCUUCAACAUGAAACCGGUGGUGCACGUGAUGCGAGCGUGGGACUUUGCUUACCGACAGGCGCGGAAGGGGGAUUGGGAGAUGGCAGCCAGAGACCGUGAACGAUUCCGGAAGCGGGUCGCCGAUCUAGAACCGGUGCUAGGACCAGCACUACAGCCAGCGUUACGUGAUAAAAUUUAUGCCGAACGGUUUAGCGGGCAGGACAAAUACGCGCAAGAUCUUAAGCUAGAUGUGAAUUAAAAACUGAAAGUUCCGUUCGUUGUUUAGCA